UUGACUUAAUCCGAUUCAAAAUAUUCUUAACGCAAUGAUCGAUUCAUAAAAAGUGUUUUAAUUGUUCAAGAAAAAAUAUAUUCAUCAUUAAUGGAACCACGACGAAAUGCCAUUGAGACUCCAGGCUAUGCCCCCUAUGCGGUAGACCCAGUUGCACCCUCCCCGGAGGUUGAUGGCCCAGAACUGAAAAACUUAGUCAUCAUCCCCCGGAGUCAGUGGUGCAAAAUACCGCCGAAAUGGAAGGACCCGUUGGCAACCCCCGUGUCCUACGUCUACUCCACGUUCACUAGGAAGUCACACUGCUUCAGCCACGACCAAUGCUUCGCGGAACUUCAGUACCUUCACUACCGUAGUACCAAGUAUGGGGACAAACCGGACAUUGUGUAUAAUUUCCUGAUCGGUGGGGACGGAACCGUGUACGAGGGGAGAGGGUGGACAGCCAAUGUAAACCUACCCAAAAGAUACCAGACUAUACAGAACCAGUGCAUCUCCAUAGCAAUGAUGGGAACAUUCCAGUAUCGACCUCCUUCAGCAGCGAUGAAAAAGGCCCAAAACAUGUUAAUAAAGUACGGAAUGGAUAAUAAUUAUAUUAAGAAAAAAAUUACACAUUUUACAACAUAAAGUGUGUGGAG